AUGGCAGAUGAGCCUGGCUCCCUCAACUGGCGCCUCAGUGCCCAUCCCAUCACUCUCCUCACAUAUCUAGGCUUCCGAAUAGGGAGUCUCCUCAUGUAUCUCUUCGGCGUGCUCUUCAUUCGCAACUUUGUUCUCGUCUUCAUCCUCACCCUCCUCCUGCUGUCCAUCGACUUCUACUACCUCAAGAACAUCGCUGGCCGCCGUCUUGUGGGGCUUCGCUGGUGGAAUGAAGUCAACACCGCUACGGGCGACUCGCACUGGGUCUUUGAGUCGGCCGCGGGGACGGGCAGGGCAGAGAACAAGACGGACAAGAGAUUCUUCUGGUUGAGCAUGUAUAUUGUGCCGGCAUUGUGGGUGGGACUGGCGAUUCUCGCACUGGUGAGGUUGCAAAAUCUCAUCUGGCUGGUGACGGUUGUGAUCGCAUUGAUCCUCACAGUCACCAACACGGUUGCCUUCUCGCGCUGCGACAAGUUCAGCCAAGCGUCGAGUUUCGCCGGGUCAGCUUUCUCGGGCUCCGGACUUGCCAGAAGUCUUGCGAGCAACGUGAUGGGACGAUUUUUCAAGUGA